CUCAUGGCACGUCAUAAAGGGCCAUACGCUCCCCUUCUCCCCCCUCCUUGCAGGCGCGUAACGGUCCCUCCAGCCCCGCGCGCUUGGCGCCUGCGCGCAGCGGCCAUGGCGGCGCAGCUCGAGUCGGUGCCCGCGGUGGAGAUCGACCCGGACGGCACGUUCAAGUACAUCCUGGUGCGGCUGCAGCGCGCGGGCGGCGCCGAGCACCGGGACGUCGUCCGGGGAACCGCGGCCGCCGAGUUCCACAAUCACAUCCUGGAGCGAGUCGGGCCCGAGCUGGAGAAGCUGGGCUUCGAGUGCAAGUGCCUGGGAGGCGGAAAAAUCGAGCAUCGCCCGCAGCAGAAGAAGAUGCGGGUGUUCGGCCUCUCCACGGGAUAUGGUAAAGCAGAUCAUGCAGUGACAGUAGAAAUACUGAAAAAAGUAUACCAAGACUAUGAAAUCACUUGGUCAGAUGACAAGAAAUGAAAAACCACUCCAGAAUCUGAAAUUCAAAAUAGUUUGCACUCUAGUUAUUGAUCUAAAUGAAAGUCUAUAUUGUGUUCAAACAAACUGCUGUUAGCUUUAUCUGAAUAAAAUAUGGAAUGGGUGUUC